AUGGCAAAAGAAGCAUUCGUCUUCGUUGAGGAUCUCGAUAAUAUCACAGCGUAUGAUGUCACAGGUCUCAAGAUCGCUUUCGACCUGAAAGCAUUAGGGAAGCAAACCUGGGGGAAAGGGGAUUGGCCCUCCCGCGUUGCAAAUCUUUACAUACGUAAUCAAGACGAAUUGUUGGAUGAGCGGAAGCGGGAUGCUAUAUUCGUAAGGUCGAGGUUGAAAACCUUCGAGCCUAUUACGACUACCCCGGAAGAUUGUGUGCACUAUGUUCUUGCUCUGACACCAAUAAAGCGAAAACACACCGAGACAAGCUCCUCGGUUUCUGGUAGGAAGGGCCAAAAGAGGCGAACAUCUCAUCACAUACAAGAACCUCUACUUCAAUUUAUUCGCAACGCCCCACCUCCAUCUGUUUCUGCUCAGCCAUCUAUUUUCAUGAGUCGACAGAAAAAGGAUUUUGCUGUGCUUAACGGCCGCCCAGCGGACAAGAUUGGCCCUUCCACAACUCUAUACUUCGAGGGAUUCGGUCAAUUUCUCGAGGAGCUGGCGCGUCCUUCCCACUCACUACCAGAGGAAUUCAGUGCCGAAGAGUUGCACGAAGCGGACAAGCUCAUGGGUGCCUCGGUCAAUUUCUACGAGACUGAACAGGGACGGAGGAACGCUAUGGAGCCACCGAUGGACAAGCUUCUUGGUGGGAUGCUAGUCCAGAUCAAGCUGGCCACCGGUGCGACUGGGACCGGCUCUAUUAUUGCACCUUGUUUCUCGUCCUAUCCGUAUCAGAUAAUCACAGCAGCGGUCGAGUGGGACAACGAGCUUGCAUCGGGCGAGUCCGAUGCUGGUCUUCAAGCACAGUUAACAAUGGAGAAAGAUUGGGCGGAGGAGAGGAUGGCACUCGUUAGGAUGGUAUCCUGUUGCCCUUCUGUGCUGCUUUCAGUUGUUGGCCCCUACAUCCAGAUAUCCGCCAUGGUCCACCUGGAUGCAACGGUAGUCGAACCUUUGACAGAUUACAUCACGUUACAGCGUGGAUCGGAUUGCCCACAGUCCAUCAGGCGCAUCUGUCACAUCUUUGCAUGCAUUCGACGUCUACUUCAUACACUGCACGAGCACUACAAGCAUCUGAAACUGCCUCCAACCAAGCCUACAGGUCAGCAUUCACCCGACGGGCACAGUGUGUCGUCCCAAAACGAUAAUCCGUACUUGCCAUGUCACACAAAAGUUGGCGGCAAGCACUUGACGUACAAAGGAGCGCUCGAAGGUUAUCCAGCCUCGAGGCACAUAUUCGAAGCUGAACUUGACGGCCAGCCUGUCGUGGUCAAGUUCACCGCGUCAUACAGUGCUGAAGCGCACCGAAUCCUGGCCAAUGCCGGUUUGGCACCCCCCGUGCUCUAUUUCGAACGUAUUCCUGGAGGACUAUUCCAAGUCGUAAUGAGCUUUAUCCAAGGUUCCACGCUGUACGACUAUCUUACAGACCACCAACCCUCCCCGAAAAGUGUCCAGAAUAUUAUAUCCAAGACCGAAGAAGGCCUAGUGCUCUUACACCGAGCAGGAUACGUGUUCGGAGACUUACGUACGCCGAAUCUAAUGCUUCCAGACUCGGGCGGGUUUAUGUUCAUAGACUGGGACAUGGCAGGAAGGGAAGGCGUACCACGAUGGCCACCGAACUUGAAUCGGGAAAUAUUUUGGCCCGAGGGAGUGAAAAAUGGCGGAUUCAUAACUCAGGCGAAUGACCUCGCCAUGUUGGAGCUGCUCCGUCACGAGAUUUGA